GCUGGCUGAAAGCGCCUAAAAGUUGAAAUGGGAAUGGUCCUGCAAUUGCUACCUACUCUCGCUCUCACCCACGCCCGUGCUCACAGCAGAAUCUGCAUUUCUCAUUACUCCGCCACAGCCAAAGGGUUGCAAUCCAUCUCCGCCGCCGCCAAAUCCACCAACAGGAUGUCGACAGAUUAUUACAAGUUCGGGCCUUACAAAAUAGACCCGAAGGAAGUAUUUUACUCUACUUCACUCUCCUAUGCCUUGGUCAACCUCCGUCCUGUUGUUCCUGGUCAUGUCCUAGUCUGCCCGAGGCGUGAAGUGAAGCGUUUUGCUGAACUCACUGCUGAUGAGACUAGUGAUUUGUGGCUUGCGGCGCAGAAAAUUGGUAGUCGACUCGAGAGCCACCACAAAGCAACUUCACUCACAUUAACAAUCCAAGAUGGACCCCAAGCAGGACAGACAGUGCCCCAUGUUCAUAUCCACAUCCUUCCGAGGAAAGGUGGCGACUUUGAGAAUAAUGAUGAGAUCUAUGAUGCAAUUGAUGUGAAGGAAAAGGAGUUGAAGCAGAAGUUGGACUUAGACAAGGAAAGAAAGGACAGAAGCAUAGAAGAGAUGACUCGAGAGGCUGAUGAAUAUAGAUUGCUUUUCCUCUAGAUUUGUCAAGGACAGAGGCCAUUGCUGAAGAAUCAAAAAUUUAAUUUAUACAUGUGAACUUUAAUAUCCUCUGCCAAGUACUUUGUGAUUUUUAAUUAUUUAUUGUUUAAAAUGUAAAACUUAUACAUAAAGUAAUCUCAAUUAAAAUUAACAAAAAAAAAAAAAAAAAAAAAA